CAUGCUCAGACUGAAAUGAACCCUGCCCUCUGGACCUUUUUAUUUUGCCUGGCUCGGCUUGCAUGGUUCCUGGUGCAACUUGUCUUCUGUUAUGAUGGCAACCAGUGGCCAGAGGUCAAAAGAGGGCACCAUGUGUCUACAAGAGACCAUUGGAUGGUCAAGCCCACACAAUGUAUCCUGGAUGCCUUCAACAUGCAAUGGAUCACUGCUGUGGGGGAAGCUGAAGUGCAGCUAGCCUUGAUGAACAAUGCAGGGAUUGUUGAUGCUGUCAUGAUUGAUGACAGUGAUGUCUUUGUCUUUGGAGCUAAGACAGUCCUUCAAAACUUGACGUUAUCACCCAAUGCAACUAUCAAGAUGUACACCAUGAGUGCUAUCCAAGAACAUGUAGAACCCUGCCUUACUGGUGAUGUGUUUGUGACAAUGGCCAUCUGCUGUGGUGGCAACUACAAUACAGCAGGUCAACUAUCCUACAGACACUUUUCUCACUGA